CCUGGUAUCGGGGUUGGUCCAGUUAAUGGCGGUGUUCCUUGUGCUGCUGGUAUUCCUGGCACAGUACCUCCUCCACCUUCUACGUCGUCUGUUUCUGGCAAAGCUCAUAAUGGUGUUCCUGGAUUUCCCGGUGUUCAUCCAAAUGUUACUCACACCGAUACUGCUGUUAAUCAUUUUCCUGCUGUGCCUCCACACGUUAAUGUUACUGUUGGAACUCCAUCUUAUGCUCGCAAUAGGGGUCCUGCUCGUCCUCCUCGUGCAGAUGUUUCUGACUCAGAUCGUGCUUCUGUUGAAGAUUCCGAGAGUCGUGAAGAAGUCUCAGCUCCUACGAAUACGCAACCUGAAGAGAAUGAUAAUCAGGAAAGGAAUACUGUAGCACCAGCACAGAGUGAAUCAGCAGCGAGCACUCGCAAUACACCCACUAAGGUGACGCCACCCGCAAUGCCAACAAUACUGCAACCUCCUACGCCUGCAAAGAGCGAGACCAAACCAAACAAGAAGCGUAAGGAAGACAGCAGCAGUAUCAGUUCUGUGUGGGUACGUGUGCCACUACUGAUUGUGGCUGUGUUGUUCUCCGCUACUGUGUGCUGA